AUGCCACCUCACAAAAUCUUCAAAAAGAAAACAGCUAGUCAAACCAUUAAAUCUAUUAAUUUUCUAUCGUUGCGGUAUAAGAAGGACUCCAUUGUUCGAAAGAAAACGACCCCUUCACAGCCAAUUACAAAGUUUUUCGAAAGGAUCAGUAGAAAAAUACAACCUGAUGACGCGAAAAAUAUUUAUCGAUUGAAUCAAUUUGGAUUCUCCUCUCGACAAGAGUCCGAAUCACUUUCUCCCUCAGCUUCGCCAUCAUCACAACAGCGCAAAGAUUCAGGGAUUGAAAUUGAUUUUGAUACUGAUUAUGAGUCAAAUAAAGACAACGGUAAUAGUAAUGCUAAACAAAAACAAAAGAGUAUAGCAUCGGAUACAACCGAGAUUUUACCACCCGCAGACGCAAUUCGUAAGGUGAUUGAGGAAAAUUUGUUGGAGCUUACUGACAUAAAGAAUAAUGAUUCUAUUUAUACUACUGUCCCAAUGCGACCUAGUUCUUUGGGUUAUAAUCUGAUCAAUAUAAUACCAGUGGAUGAUUAUAAUCCUUGGUUUGUGGAUGAAAAUGGAAAUAAAAGAUAUUCUUUGUGGAAACUGGCAGGCUGUCGGGACGACAUAACCAAAACCAUUGACUUCCAUCAGUACGAAAUGAAGAAUUUACUUCAGAAAUGA